AACUUCUUCAGCUGCAUUGGAUGCAUCCCGACCUUUCUGUCAGCACGCAGUGUGACCAAAAUGAGGAAAGUACUCAUGCAGCAGCCAGCAAAUAUCUAGCAACUGUUGAUGAUUAUUAAUAUUCUGCAAGCAUAACGAAGGACUAGUGAUGUGCAGUCGGUUGUACCUAGUAGGGCUCCGACGAGCAUUUGCCAUCCACGGGCCGUCAGCCCCUCUUUCUUUAAAGAUUCGGGCAUUACCCGGGUGGAGCCAGUUACUAUGUCCCUUCCCCAAACUCAACCUGGAUCAUGUUGGAUUAUCAUUAUCUAUCGACACCGGCUGUACAUACGGGCCAUGUUAGAUGCCUACCUGUGGAGAUGUAUGUCCUCAAGUAUGGUAGUAGCGUCUUAGCUGGUCCAGGAUGCUUCGGUGUGUUGUACUACUAUGGAGUAGGUAGUACCUAUCUAUACAGUGUUCGGCAUUGGGUAUUUUACGGCUGGCCUAAACAAGCGGAGUAAGAACUGCCAACUGUGCCAACUGUGUACCUGUGACUACUGCAGGCAGUUCCUAUCUUGGUUCUAUGUACCAGAC